AUGUGCGCCGGGGGGUGGGGCUGGGAGCGCCUGGGGCUCCGGGGCCGUGGCUCCGCUCCGGCAGUAGGAGAGAGGGGAGCGGAGGUGACGGAGCUGCUCCCCGGGACUUCCAUCCGCUUGCGCCGAGCUCCUCGUCCAGCAGCUCCGGAGUCCUGCUGCAGCUCGGAGGGAAUUGAAACGCGGGCAGUAUCGAGCAGCCGCCCCUCCCCCAGCAGCUUCCACUCUCUGCCUUCAAUCUUUAAGGCAACGAGCAUCUGUUCCCUGUACUUGAAGCCCAGGUUCCCUCCCUCCUCUCCCCAUUGGCUGGGUACUGCAAUUAUCCCGCCCCCGGAAAUAUCCUGCCUCCCAGGAGGGGGCUCCCAUUCCCGCCCCCGCUGUCCAGGGUCGCUGCUGCUGCCAGGAUUUCGGGAAGUUACAACAUGCCCUGGCUUCUGCGCUCCUAAAAAAAUGAACCUGCAAACCUGGUCAGGAUGGAUGGAGGAAGAUGGACAGGUGACCUGCUCAAGCUGUCUCCUGCAUCCCUCCCUACGACCUCUGAGCAUCCCCUCCCGGGACCCUCAGAGAAAUCUGGUGAGGAAGAUGACAGUCAGAAUUCUACGGAGCCAUCUGUGAAUUCAUUGGGA